GGUUCCUUUAGUGAGCUAUUCUUGUUUGGCCUAACAGUUUGCGCUAUUUGCCUAUAAGAAUCAAUCACUAUCGUACACUCUGUUUAUCCCUGAAAACGUUUUUCGUUGGAAAAGCUUUAUAUCCAUACUGAAGCGCUCUGAUAUCAAUCAAUCAAAAAUUGACUACAACACUGAUGAUAACAGUUGAUUCCACUGCCUCUGUGUUGAUAUGGCCCCCUGAAAGGCCAAGAUGGCACCAGUUACCCAGGUGCCAACCCCACAAACUAUCCAGCAUGAUAGCCACCAACAGGCUGAUUCAAUGGAUAUUGACGACCACACAAUGCCUACUCCAGGUGAUUACCCCGUCGACGAGAUGACUACUCAGGGAGGAUUCCCUGAUGACACACCAUCGACACUGAUUCAAGGGGGGGACCAAUCAAGCCCCCAGCCUCAGGAACAAGACUUUCAUCAGGCAAAGGCUCUGGAAAGGCCUCAAGUGUCUGAAAGGCCUGAGCAGUCUACCCAAGCUGCUCAACGACCUGCUAAGAAGUCUAGCCACGACCUCAUUGCGGAAUUAUGGCGCAGACUUGAGCAGAAGGAUGAGGAGAUGUCAGAACUCUGCCAGGCACAGAUGAAUGCCAACACAUCCUCCACAGACUCCCGCCUAGCUGAUCAGCUGUCCAAACUGUUUGAGCAAAAGGAUAGCCAAUCAAUGCUGGAUAGGGAAGAACAACGCCUGAGACAGCUCGCACAGACAUAUUGGUGAGAGACCAAGAAACUGCAUGGACGAGAUAAUUAUUCUGAUUGGUGAAAAGGCAUAUUGUUUGAUGCUGAUUAUUUGGGUGCCUGAGACAUCCUACUCCAACUGGACACUGUACUGAAGGCGACUUCCCUUCAACAGAUCUGAUUUGAAACUUCUAAACAGCUACUGCAUAAACGGAUAUUAGACUGUUUGAUGUCAGAUAUUGCCGAUCAGGUCCAAAUGGACCAUACACAGCAACUGUCCGACAUUCUGUCCUGAUUGGA